CGCCUCAAUAGGGCAUUUGGACCCCAUUUUUUUCAAUGGCAGAUGAAUCCCUCCGGUAGUUGCAUUCAUUGGGUGUGUGAUGUGAUGACGGGCGACAUCUAACUCAGAUCGUGCGCUUGCUCCAGUUGCUGCGCACCGCGCUGGAUGGGAUGAGGGUCCUGAUCGGCUCUUUUGGCCUGACUUCCCGAACCCUGAAGGAUGAUGAUGAUGUCCCUGCUGCCUACUUGUCUCGCUCUUCUUCUCGUCUUUUCUCCUUCGAGGGAAGAGUCUGGGAUCUCUAGCCACGCACGCUCCGUGCGUGCUUUGGUGUGCGGGAGCCAGAGGUUAGUGUCAUGCGAGAUCGUCUACCCCUGCAUUGUGUCAAAAGACUAUUCUAUGGGGUGGAUUUGGCUUUAG